AUGAAUAAUUUUGGUAGUAAAAAAGGCGACCAUAAUUGGGGUGAUUAUUAUUUUGGUGGGCGGAAGAGUAAUGCCAAACGUUCUUGGGCUCUUGAAGUUCUUCAUUCUCUUAAUCAAAUGAUACCAACAUUUAAUGAACUUUUUGAUAAGGAAACAUUUUAUAUGUUUGCAAUAUUUGUAGUUCUCCUUACAAUUUUGGUAGUUGUCAUUUUGGCUAAGUUUUUUAAAAUCAAAAUUAAAGAACAUCCUAUACAUAUUAACAGAGAAUGGAGGGAUGGUAGGCCAGCGAAUCCCUUUAAAUUUCCAUGGCAAAAUGCUAAAAUUGAUAAAAAAAGAAAAAUUGAGUAA